AUGGCCUCCAUGCACCGCGCAGACGCAAGACGCGGGGCUAGAGCGGAUCGACGACAUGAUUUACAGGCUCCUUAUGGCCCAAAACCAACACAAAAGAAGGUGAGACAUUUUGGUUCCCAUGACGAAGAUGUCGACAUGACCAGCGAUGCUGAUUCAGAUGACGGCCCUCCAGCCCCUGGCGCAUGGUCGGCGUAUCCUGCAUAUUAUACCACCUCAUCUUCAUCUGAAAACUCUACAUCUGGUAAUGAGGAAGGAUCAGCCACCUCAGCACCUUCAAAUAGUUCAUCUCCAGUCACCUCUUCCAAUCGCAAUUUACAUCCUCAAAGGUCUAAUACUCAACAGGCAUUCGAAAACGUAACCUCAGUGUCCAAUGCACCAGGAGCGUCGCAACCCAAAGACUCCGUGGCCGUCACUGUCCAUGCCUCAACAUCUAGCCAAGCAAGUGAAAACACACAAAACGUACACGAAUCGGUGCAGCAGCAGGUGGCAAACUUCCUAUUGAGUAAAGGAAAUGCACCCUUGACCCUUAAGGAAUUCGAACAGAUAAGGAACACCCUGCGAUCGAUGGUGCAUAAAGAUGGAAACACUACCCAACAUCUUAACUCGAAGCCGCUUGAAGAAUCAUCCCAAACAACGGGCAAAACCGACGAUCCGAGCAAGCAAAGGGCCAAUGUGUCUGAGGCUGAUGACCAAUCCAGUCCAGCUGUCACUUCUAACGGCCUUCCACCCUUUCGAUUAGGAGAAAGUGAUGGUACACCUCCUCCAGAAACAUCAGACCCACCUUCUGCCGACACUUCACAGCUCCUUUCGGAUGAAGAGAGAGAAGAGGCUGAAUAUAGGGCGAGAUUAGAGCAGCGGAGUAAUGAAUUGAGGCAACUCUUGAACAUCGAUGAAAUUUAUGAACCUGGGGCUUGGGAGGAGCUUAUACGAUACAAAGGGGUCAAAUGUAUGUCAAAAGGGUCGGACGCCUUCUUUCUUACUCACCUUCCACUAGUUCCAGGCUCCUUUAGUACACAGAAAGAGCAGGUUGACCACAGCGAUCAGGAGGUGAUUGAUGAUUCACAAACGAACACGACUGAGGCAGAAGAAGAAGGUGUGAAGAAAGUCAAAGAUCCCAAUGAGCAGGGAUACACUCCGGAAGAAAUAAUGGUCAAUCCAUACGAGCGAAUAAGUGCUUUCAAAGGUCGAAAACGCAGGCCAAUGUCCUACUAUUUGAAAAACGGGAAGCAACCAAAUACAUCGCGUCAAGGGCAGUCUAAAUCCACUGUGCCUACUGAGCAUCAUCAGGAUACACAGAGAGGCGCCGCGACCGAGGGCCCAAUGGCGGCACCAACAAUCGGUGGACAAGUCGCCCACUCUGCUCUGGGUGCUUUGCAUAGUCUUACUACCCUAAAUCACAAUGUUCCAAAAUCGUGGGUUAGUGCGCCUACUCGUGACCCUCCUCCAGAGGUUAGUAAAGGAACUACGGACAAAGGAAGGCAAUUCGAGUCCCUGGGCAAACGAAAGAGUACAUUUCUCAUGAUAGAGAGUGAGGGACAGGUUCUGGAUGGCCCAAAUGAGCGCAAAACAAAGCGACGUAGACCAAGUGCUGACGACAAUGAGAUGGAAGUUGAGGAAGACGAAAACCUUCAAAACGUACAGGUUGUAGGCGAUAUGAUUGAUGAAACACCUGAACCUCCGGUCCCCCCACCAAUUCAGGUAUCGCCUCCCAAGAAGGCUUCCCAAAGACGACGACCAUCUAUUCGUCCACCCGAUGGCAUUAGACCAAAACACUUUCAGCACUCGCCUAUCAAUCCCUCACCUCUGCGUUUCAUGUCCAAACUGACACCUGAUAGCCCGGAAACGCCACCAGCGGAAAUAAUACCCGAAGCUGAUCCACAGGAUCAAGCGGGUAUUACCGAAGAUGGCAUACCGGCAUACAGAUUCUUAGGGAGUCUGUACAGGUUAAGCGGUGUCGGACCACAGCGCACAUCGAGGGCUAUGAUGACGGCCAAGCAGAAAGCUGUUGGGUUCAAGCCAUACUAUCUCCCCGACUUCCUUAUCGUCAAAGGAAAGCAUCCCCAUUAUGAGCCUCUAGCACCUCCCGACGAUCUCUAUCGCCUUCUAAAGCACUACCGAAGCAAACGCCCGUCCCCAAACCUUCCAGUCAACCCACGCGACCUG